AUGGGUAUAACCGCACUUUUGUAUGCGGUAUUAGCUGACAGUGAAGAGAUUGUUGAGAAUCUGAUCAGAAGUGGUGCCAGUGUUAAUGUAUGUACUCAAGAUGGAGAAACAGGACUGCAUUAUGCUACCAUCAAAGGAUCAGGCGAAAUCAUACAAGUUCUGAUAGCUGCAGGCUGUAAUGUUGACUCUACUACCUUAGAUGGACAAACGCCACUAAUGUGGUCAGCGCAUUUUAACAAGACUGACGCUGCACAAGUUUUAUUUGAAAGUGGCGCAAGUGUUUACAAAAAAGACAAUUUUGGUUUUACAGCCCUGCAUGUGGCUGCUAUGAAUAAACACAGGGAAAGUGUUGCUUUGUUACUUAAUCAUGCUGCUGAUUGUUUUCAGCUUGACAAUAUGGGACAUACUGCUUUGAUGGUAGCAGCUGUCGUUGGGGACGAAUACAUUGUUAAAGAAUUCAUAAAACGUGAAAGAGAAGAAUCAAAAUUAUUGGUAAAUUUAAAAGACAAGGGCGGGCGAACUGCUUUAUUCUUUGCUUCACUGCUAGGGCACAGGCAUAUUGUAAAGCUGCUUAUAGAAGCACAAGACAAUCCUCAUGCAUGUGAUUAUAGUGGGACGGAUGCAUUAAUGAUGGCAUGCAAAAGUGGGCAUGAACAAGUUGUGGAACUGCUGUUAAAGAUUAAACCACACCCACUGGAUCGCAGAUAUUUGUUGGCAUUACAAGAAGCAGUCAGUAGGCAUCACACAAACAUUGUCAAUAUUAUGUUGCCAAGAAAAGAGAACAUCAAACACCUCCUAAGAAUGCAAGAAACUUUACCAGAAGAAGUGAAAACUUUCCCACUUCUGCACAUCGCUGCUGAAAAUGGUGAUUUACAGAUUUUGAAGACUUUAUUACGUGCUGGGGCAGAUAUUAACAGUUGCGAUCCAUUUGGUCAAACAGCACUUCUGGUUGCUGCAAAUUCUAAACAUGAUGAAGUAGUGCAACUUCUUAUUCACCAUGAUGCAAAUAUAAAUUCUUGCGAUAUUGGUGGAGAUACACCUCUAAUCCUGGCUUCACAAGCUGGAAGUACAAACAUUGUAAAACUGUUGAUUAAAAAGCAAGCUGAUUUAACUUUAAAAAACUCGGUAGGAAGAUCUGCAUUAAUGGAGGCUGCAGGUAAUGGUUUUCUUGAGAUAGUUGAAAUCCUGUGUGAUACCAGCAAUGACAUUGAAACAAAGGAGGUAAAUGGAUGGACACCAUUGAUGCUGGCUGCCCAGGGUGGAUUUGCUAGAAUUGUAAAGUUUCUCACUGAAAAGGGCGCUUUAGUUGGAAACAAAACUAGACAAGGUGUGACGGCUGUUAUGAUUAGCGCAGGAAACGGAAAAAUAAAAACUACCAGACUGUUAUUUGAAAAAGGAGCAAACAUAAAUGAAAAAGACAGAAAUGGAAACACACCGCUUUUAUACGCAGCUUCUCAGGGGCACAGUCAGAUCGCAAGAUUCUUGGUUGAAAAAGGAGCAGAUGUAAACAUAUAUGAUCCAUUUCUGAAACAGUCACCUCUUAGUUAUAGCAUUCUAUUUGGUGAUGUAGCAACAUCAGAAAUGCUUGUAAAAGCUGGAGCCGAUGUCAACAUAGUCAACACAGGUGGACGCAGCUGUAUGCAUUUCGCCGCAGCUGGUGGGCAUUAUCCGCUAGUUGAACUUCUACAUGAACAUGGUGCUGCUGUCGAUGUUAUAGAUGCAAGUAGGAGAACUCCUCUGAUGUUGGCAGCAUACAAAGGAGAUGUCAAAAGUGUCCGUUAUUUGAUAUGCAAAGGAGCUGACUACAAUCGUUGUUGCUCUGAUGGCUGGUCGUCAUUGAUGUUAUGUUCGCAGGUGGGACGUGUAGAGUGCAUGAAAACCCUUUUGGAAAAAGGCGACGUUAACCUGGAAUACAAAGAGAAAUUAGGACAUUCUGCAUUAAGUAUAAGUGCAGCCAACAAUAGAUACGAUGCUGUGUGCUUGUUGCUUAAGAAGGGGGCAAAUACAAACACAAGAAACCACGCUGAACAGACACCACUGAUGCUUAGUAGCUACAACGGAAAUAUAAAAGUUGUUGAAAAGUUGAUCAAGUCUAAAGCAUCACUGAAUUUAAAGGACAAAGAUGGAAAAACAGCUCUGAUUAUUGCUGCUGAGACCAACAGGCUGGACAUUGUUGAAGUUUUACUCAGAGCUGAAGCUGAAAUAAAUGCUACGAGCAAUAAUAAAGUGACAGCUCUGCAUGCCAGUGUGCGAAAUAAAAACUUAGAAAUUGUUAAACUUCUGAUCACUUAUAAAGCUGGAUUAGACAUUGCUGAUGUGGAAGGUAACACUCCCCUCAUGUCCAGUGCCAGAAAUGACAGUAAUCUAAUCCUGAAACAUCUGUUACAUGCUAAUGCUGACAUGAAAAAGCAAAACAAAGAAGGUAAAACAGCCACAGACAUUUGUAUUGAAAGAAACAACAGGGUGGCACUAAAUUACCUGUGUCAGAAAGGCCCUGUAACCAAAGCAGAAAAAGAAAAGUACAUAGCUGUUGCCACCAAGUGCAAACAUACAGAACUUGUGACAAUUCUAAGCCAGGCCAGAACCGAUGACAGUCGCCAGACGGCAGGUGCACAAGAUACUGAUAGUAACUUAUUUGCUGCUAAUGAUGAUGGCGGUGAUAAUUUAAAUGAUUCUGCUGAGGCUGUCGCAGAGAGUAGAGACAGGCAACCAGGCUGCAGUGUAGGAAGAUCUACCAGCACACCGCUAGACUCUAAUGGAGUUGCAGCCACAGCUAUGGGAGCAACAGAGACUAAAACCAUCAAACUGGAUCCCACUGAAAAACUGAAUCUUCAGAAUGCCAACAUAAAACAAAUGAUUGUGAACGUGUACAACACAAAGAAUGAGAUCAGAAAAGCCCAGAAUGUCACUAUUGGAGACUACAGCAGCAUCGCGUGCUACGAUCAGCUGACAAAACAAGAUGGACAAGGACAAUAA